GGAAAGAGCAGCUCAAACAACAACAGCAGUCUGUGUGCAGUUGAUGAACUCCAGCCAUUCUAAUUCCAACCAGCCGUCAAUUUAUCCACUAUAUUAAACAUUCAAUUAAGUGAGAAGAUGAUCUAAAUUUUGGUACUGCAAAGUAUCGCGCAACGUUAUAGGAAGGAUGACCAUUCAUGAUAUUGGAUUUUCUAAAACUCUGGUUGGCAAGAAGACUGAAUGAAUGGCUUCAAUAAAAAGUUCUUUAAGAAAAGAUAAAGAUUUGCUGCUGCCGAGAUAGGAAGGAGCAUAUAAUUUUUGGGAUCAAGCUCUUUUAGAUAAUUAAAAUAAUGUUGAACAACAUAGAUGAAGACAUUCAGCCGAGGGCUGAAAGAGGCAAAUCUGCUACGUCAACAUUUCCGAGAAAUGGAGAUGUCGAUGUCGAAAUUCAGAAUGGUUCAAGAGGUUGGGCAAAAUACUCGGUGGCUCUUCAAACUUUACUGCCGUUCCGAAAAGAAACAACAAAUAAAUACCUUCCUUCCAGCCAUGCCGGAAUGUUUUCUUUUGUAUCAUUUAGUUGGCUUACGCCAAUCAUGUGGAAAAGUUUCCGACAAGGACUGUCUCCCGUCGAUUUAUGGGAACUUCACGAUGCAGAUAAAGCUGAAAAGAAUGCAAAACGGUUGAAUCGGAUUUGGCAAAAUGAAAAAGUUCUCGUGGGAGAAGACAAGGCUUCAUUUAUGAAAUGCAUCUGGAAGUUCGGAAAGACUAGAUUUUAUGUUUGUAUAUUUUUCAUGAUUGUCAGCAUUUGUUUCCAGUUCAUGGGACCGUCGUGGAUUUUGAAAGCCGUGUUAACCUACCAGGAUGAUACUACACAACCUCUCAACAUUGGAAUUGCAUUAGCUGUAGCCGCAUUAGUUGCUCAGUUUUUGCGUAACUUAACAUACACCGCAGUUUGGGCGAUAGGGAUUCAUACUGGAAUGCGCGUGGAGGGAGCCAUGCAAUACUUGACGUAUGAUAAAAUGCUCCGUUUGAGAAAUGGUGGCGAUAAUAUUCUCAGCAAAACCAUAACAUUUUGCACCAAUGACCAAGAGAGAAUUUUUGAGUGCGUUUCUGGAGGAGUUUUAGCCGUUGCUGCUCCCGUGAUGUUUCUGUUUUGUUUAAUCUACUCGUGUAUCGUUCUGGGGCCGUGGGCUAUACUUGGAAACAUUGUGAUAUUUUUAUUUUAUCCGCUCAUGGGAGCAAUUGCUAGACGUACUGCCCUAAUUCGAAGGAAAGCUGUGCGAUAUACUAACAAGCGGGUCGGGUUGAUGACGGAAAUAAUGAAUUCAAUUCGACUCAUCAAAAUGUAUGGAUGGGAAGAGAGUUUUCUGAAGAAAGUUAAAGAAAUUCGAGCUGGUGAAGAAUACCAGUUGAGAACGGCAGCAUUUUUACAAUCGAUAACAGCAACAAUCACACCAAUGAUUAAUAUAUUUGCAUCAAUUGCCGUAUUUCUUGCAUUCACUUUGAGUGGAAAUAAUCUAACUCCGGCUGAGGCAUUCACACUAUUCUCAGUGUUUUCCGCAAUGACCUUUACAUUUGGAACACUUCCAUUUGCAUUGCGGGCUAUCGGAGAAGCCAGCGUAUGUUUUAGAAACUUUCAGAAAUUUCUCGACUUGCCCGAAUUUGAAGUUAUAACUGAACAAGACGUGGAAUGCGCUCAUGACGCUGUGAUUGCAAUUAAGGAUGGCAAUUUCGCUUGGGAGGUAGAAAAACCAUCUGAUCCACUACAAGAAUCUCAGACCCCAGAUGAAAAGAAAAAAGCAAAGAAGUCCAAGAAAAUCAAAAAUAAUUCCAAACCAAGCACUAACGGAAAACCUAAUCCAGACGAUGAAGAAUCUAACCCAGAACAACAAAUGUUGCCAGAGAACAAAAAGACAGAAGCUAUGUUAUUAGAAGAUUGUUUAGAGAAUAUAAAUCUCGAGAUCAAACGUGGAUUUCUACUUGGUGUUAGUGGGACGGUUGGGAGCGGAAAAAGUGCAUUAAUUGCUUCAAUUCUGGGAGAAAUGGUGAAAACCUCAGGAAAAAUGUUAAUUCGUGGAUCCCUCGCAGUUGUUCCUCAGCAAAGUUGGAUUUAUAGUGACUCGGUACAAGAGAAUAUUAUCUUUGGGUCACCAUUGAACAAAGAAAAGUACGAUAAAGUCAUCGAUAUUUGUUGUCUCCGAAGUGACAUUGCGUCCUUCAGUAAUGGUGACUUGACAUUGGUUGGUGAAAGGGGUGUCAACCUAAGUGGGGGUCAGAAACAAAGGAUAAAUCUUGCAAGAAGCGUGUAUGCCGACAAAUCCAUUUACCUUCUCGAUGAUCCAUUAUCUGCGGUGGAUUCCGUUGUCGCACAAGAAAUAUUUGAGAAAUGUAUCAAAACACAUUUAAAGGACAAAACUGUGCUCCUUAUAACCAACAGUAUUCAGUUUUUGGAGGAAUGCGACGAAAUUAUUUUCAUGAAAGAUCGAGAAAUUGUCGAACACGGAACGCACGAACAGCUCGUCGUUCAAAAACAGAAUUAUUACAACAUGCUACAGUACCACAACCAAAAUCAAUCCAAAACAGAAGAUACCAUUCCAUUGAUUUCAGAAAACGAUGUGAAGAACAGCAUUAGCUAUGAAUCUCCUGCAAAGAAAAUUAAGAAAUCAUCCCAUCCCGUAGAAAGCUUUGCGCAAAAAAUUAUUGAAGACGAUUCACUAUACAAGUUUGCUGGAAUCAAGGCCUAUUUACAUUACCUCAAGGCUGCUGGAGGAUAUUCCUUAUUUGGAGUACUAUUAAUAUUUUUUCUUAUUUUUGGAGCUGGGAAACAGUCGACACAAGUUUGGCUUAGAUUUUGGCUGGAUGACGGGGAUGGUAAAAUGGCGGAACGAUUGGCCAACUUUACCGAAGAAUCUAAUGUUACAUUAUCUGAAAGUGAUCUCAGAGGGUUCGUCAAUGAAAAUCCUCGGCUUUGGUUUUACCAAAUAAUUCUAGUUGCUCUGCUCUUUGCAACUUUACUCGUUGGACUGAUCAAGGGCCUGAUGUCGUCUCGAUUUGUUUUACGGGGAGCGUCUGGUUUACAUUCAACAAUGCUGCAUAAAGUGGUCAACUCACCUAUGAGUUUUUUCGAUAAAACACCUGUUGGGAAAAUUACCAAUCGUUUUUCUAAGGAUCUUGAUGAACUGGAUGCUAGACUACCUUUCUUUUUCGAAUUCGUUAUCCAGUCUGUGAUAUUCGUUCUGUUGUCGCUACUCAUUACGUGCGUUAUUUAUCCAGAGUUUGCUUUCGGGAUGAUCUUUGUACUAGGGUUAAUGAUAUUUUUCGACAUUUGGUUAAACAUUGGAGUUCGAGAAACAAGGAAAUUAGAAAACGUACUAAAAACCCCAGUAAUUCACCAUCUGCAGUCAUCAUUGAACGGUCUCUCAAUUAUACGUACGUUUCAUCGUCAAGACCAAUUUCAAUCAAGGUUUUCGGGUUACGUUAAUAAUCAUCUAGCUGCCGAAUCUGUGUAUAGAUCUGCAAAUCGCUGGUUCACUUUCCGUAUGGACGGGAUCUGCAUGUUCACCAUAUUUGGGACCAUAUUAGCUGCAGUAGUGCUGAGAGGAAGAGUUUCUUCUGGUAUGGUCGGCCUUGCGUUAUCCAACAUUUACAGUGUUUGCAUUUUUGUACCUUUCGUGAUGCGGAUGAAAUCAGAACUUCAGGCUCGUUUCCUAUCUGUCGAACGAGUUCUAGAAUAUGCUGAGGAAUUGGAAGAGGAGGAACCCGAGUCAAAAAUUGUCAUAAAACCAAGCAGUGAGUGGCCGAUGAUUCCUAGCAUAAAGUUUGAAAACUGCUCACUCCGAUAUCAAGCCGAUCUCCCGUUUGUUAUUGAGAGUGUGUCAUUUGAUGUACAACCAGCUGAAAAAAUUGGGAUCGUUGGUCGAACAGGGGCAGGCAAAACGUCAAUUAUAGCUGCAAUCUGCAGAUUAUACCCCGUUGACGAAGGUAGAAUAUUUGUUGGGGAUUUGAACAUUAAUGAAAUUUCACUCAAGGACUUGCGUGCGAGUAUAGCCGUUAUACCUCAAGACCCAGUUUUGUUCCAGGGCACGCUCAGAUACAACUUGGAUCCCUUCAAUCAACAUUCGGACGAACAAAUUUGGACGGCACUGGAAAAGUCUCAUAUAAAAGCGAAGAUUGAAAGAGAUGAAAAGAAAUUGCUUCAAGCUGUGACAAGUGAAGGUGAUAAUUUUUCGGUUGGCGAGAAGCAACUUAUUUGCUUGGGACGGGCAUUACUUCGCAAAAAUAAGAUUUUACUGCUGGACGAAGCAACCGCAUCGCUAGACAUUGAGACUGAUUUUUUAAUUCAAAACACAAUACGAGAAGCCUUUAAGGCAUGCACUGUAAUCACGGUAGCUCAUCGCCUCAACACGAUCGCUUUUUACGACAGAAUUCUUGUAAUGGAUAAGGGGAAGAUGAUUGAAUUGGAUACUCCUCAAAAUUUGAUGGCUAAUGAAGAGUCUCGAUUUCACAGGAUGAUGAUUGCAUCUGGGAUCUCGAGCUUGGACCAAUUAAGAGCGUAUCGUGUUUCGUCUGGAGAAUCAUCAGAUUCCAAUGAUUCUCCGACUUAACGUAUCUACUAAACUCUGGUUUUAUUUUGGCUUUAUAAGUGUUCAACAGUAUAAUUUAAUAUAUACCGAUAUAUAUAAUGCAUAUGUUCAAAAAUUGUAACUAAAUCCGGUCUCAACCACCUUAAAACUCAUGAUCGCAUUUUAUCUGGUCUUUCCCGUCCUUACAUGUCUUACACUUGUGGGCGUAGCUGUAGUUAUCAAUGUUUGUGGUAUUAAUGAUAUUUAUUUGUCUGUCCAGCUAAAGAAAAUUGAGACCAAAGAGGAACCGUUUGACGAUAUUUUGUAGUACUUACCAUAUACUUAUAAAUAACUGGCAACUUAACCAAAUAACUAAUGGUUAAUUAAUUAACGUCUUACAUAUAUAUUCACGUAAGAUUUAUUAAUUUAUUGAAUGUUUAUAGUUUAUACAAAUUGUUACUGGAAAAAUGAAAGGAGAAUACAACAUGCGCUUUUUACAUACA